CAAACAUUGAAGGCCCGCGAUGCUCAAGGAUGCCCAAGGAUGAGAAACCAGGAGCUUUUUUGGCUCCACCGAAUGGCGUGGACGAGGCAGAAUCUCAGUCCCUUCUCUCAGGAUCAAUCGAUGAAGAAGACAUCAUAGUUCACCCGAGCCUACCUCCACCUCCGCCUCCACCGGCACCUGCACCUGCACCUCCACUUAAUUCUCGUCCUCGGAUUCUCCCUAGGCAGCCAUCUAUAUCUCUACCUUCUCCGGACGGACAGCGUCGUCCUCCUCGUACCACAAAUCGAGUGCGGUUUGACCUCGAACAGCAAGAUGAGGACUCCAGCUCCGAGCACAACGACCGCGAUUCAAACAGCCAUGGCCGCAGAUCGCAGGACUCGUGGCUGGACGAGGACGACUACGAAAGUGGACGCCGGGAUUCAUCGGGAUCUGGUCGCAGAGGACCUAUGGUUCCCCUUCUCACCGACAUAGAAGCCCCCAGUGUGACGCUUGCGACCACCGACGAUUUCUUCCCCGAAGAGCAUUUGGAAGAUGCUAGGCCGAGGAGUGGAAUGCGGAUGGCCUUCAUGAACAUGGCAAAUAGUAUAAUAGGGGCGGGGAUCAUAGGACAACCAUACGCACUUCGACAAGCCGGUAUGUUGAUGGGUAUAAUCUUGCUCAUUGUUCUCACGAUCACUGUAGACUGGACAAUCCGUUUGAUCGUGAUCAACUCCAAAUUGAGCGGUGCGGAUUCGUACCAGGCUACGUUGCAGCAUUGCUUUGGGAAAAGCGGCCUUAUCGCAAUUUCCAUUGCGCAGUGGGUUUUUGCUUUCGGGGGCAUGGUUGCAUUUUGUAUUAUCGUCGGUGAUACCAUUCCUCAUGUCAUAAGCGCCUUGAUCCCCUCCCUCAGAGAUAUGCCUUUCCUCUGGCUCUUCACUGAUAGACGGGCCGUAAUUGCCAUUUUUGUUCUUGGUGUCUCAUACCCACUGUCCCUAUAUAGGGACAUUGCAAAGUUGGCAAAAGCAUCUACCCUUGCUUUGAUAAGUAUGAUGGUCAUCGUAAUUGCAGUGAUUACGCAAGGCCUCCGCGUACCAUCCGAAUCGCGGGGCGAAGUGAAGAGUCUUCUCUUUGCCAACUCUGGGUUCUUCCAGUCUGUCGGAGUCAUAUCCUUUGCAUUCGUUUGCCAUCAUAACAGUCUUUUGAUCUAUGGUUCGCUCAAGAAACCGACGCUGGAUCGGUUUGCCAAAGUCACACAUUAUUCCACAGGGGUCUCACUCGUUACGUGCCUCGCCAUGGGAUUAGCGGGCUUUUUGACUUUUGGCUCCAAAACUCAAGGCAACGUCCUGAAUAACUUCCCGUCAGACAACGUCAUAGUUAAUAUAGCACGGCUUUGUUUUGGGUUGAACAUGCUCACGACUUUACCCCUGGAAGCAUUUGUUUGCCGAUCUGUUAUGACAACAUACUACUUCCCCGAUGAGCCUUUCAAUCCGAAUCGGCACUUGAUAUUCACGACCUCCUUGGUUGUGACGGCAAUGGCCAUGGCUUUGAUAACAUGCGACCUCGGCACCGUAUUCGAACUGAUUGGAGCGACAAGUGCUGCGGCUCUAGCAUAUAUCUUUCCGCCUCUUUGCUACAUCAAGUUGAGCAGCGCAAGUCGCAAGGCGAAGAUUCCUGCUUUCAUCUGUAUAACAUUUGGGUUUGUUGUAAUGGGUGUGAGUCUUAUACAAGCCGUUGCAAAAAUGAUUAGAAAUGAAGGUGAAGUUCAUACGUGCAGUGCCAUUUAACGAAAGAAUAUCCCCAUAUUUGUAGAAUAUACUCACGUCUGGCAUUUCAUAACAUCGCAUACCAUGCCUUUGUUGCAUUUAUUACACCUCAUGUCUUAUCUUCAUGCUGGUAUCUGCAAGAUAUGAACUUAAAUUAAGGUAAAAGGCCUUCUCAUUCUUUCCCCUGUCAUUUUGGUCAAGGGAGCAUCCUGCUUUGCCAUUUCUUCUUUCCCUCAUUCCUGCAUGCAUUCUGUGGAACCUCAUAGCUAAGAAAUUUAUGUACUCCCUUGAUGAGAUCCUUUUAUUGGCGUGGUUUAAUUACUUGCAUAGAAUGGAAUACUCAAGCUUUC